CCCUCUCUCGUUCGCAUUCUUUCCUCCCAAAAUUCCCUCUUUACUCUUGUUCAGAACCCCCUCAUUUCUGGUGUGUCAUCCGCGCAACCUUACCUGCCUGUUGUACACCCACCGAAAUCCACUACCGUCGCGGGAAUAGUCUUGAUCUCCAGUCAGUCCUCUCUCUUUUCUUUUCUCUGAUUUCUUUUUCGCCCUUUCUCCUCCUUUCGCUCCUGGUCAUUCUUUCUUCUGUUAUCCCCGAACCAUAAUACUGAUAUGAAUGCGAUAGAGAACCACCUCUCCCAACCAACCCCCCUAAAUAGUCAUUUGGUACUGAUAGCAGCCCUAUCCUUAUCGCUCAUCUCACGUGGGAGCGGCACCCCUCAAAGGAUAUCUCACCAACAUGGCUGUCACCAUGGCCGAUGACGAACUCUUCACACGGGCCAUUUCUGGGUAUCGGGACGCUUUUUUGGUUCAGCACUCCCACCUUCCGGAAUCAGAGCGAAAUCAACUUUGGGGCCAACGGUUAAGUCAGUUCAUACCGGCCACGGCAUCCUCCUCCCUCAACAGCUACCGUCCGGUCUCCGGCUCUGGCAUCCUCGAAAAUGGCGGUUCCACAACAACACUCGAGAAAUCUGGGAAACGGGCUCGACAGGAUACUCCUCGGACUCUACCUGGUUCUGGUCUUCCUCCGACGAAACGACGAGUCACCACUCCGGACCCCCCGGUGACCGUUGAUCUGACGCGCGAGUUGUCUCACGCGUCCUCUCCGGCAGCUCCUCAGACCUCUCAACACCUAUCUAGAUCGAAUUCUCGGAAGGACUCCUCCGGUUUCUCAGGUCCUGGGUCCUCCCGGCACACGACCAUGGUCCGUUCGCAGAGCCAGCAGACCCCGGUGUCUCACCGGCCUUCGCUGGCUUCCAACGUGACGGCUCAGCGACAUUCUUAUGGACCUUCGCGCGCCCAACGCCGCCUUGACCACGUUAGCGAGUAUUCUCCUUCCGAAUACACCAAACAAUAUUUGGACGACCAUCAGGGUCAGCAACGAGGUGUCUCGGCACUAUCCAUGGCGCUCUCUGCGGAUUCGACAUCGAAUGGACACGAACAAAAUCCCUCUCGCCAAUCCCCCAACCACCAAUACCAAGGACCUUCCGCCCUGACGUCCGGCCUGAUGGGAAUGGGACACCCUUCGUUAGCCGACCAGGCUGCCACGGGCGCAGUUGACAUGAGUAGGAGUACCACUACCGAUUCGAUAUGUGGUGGAAUUGGGAUGAUGCGAUUUGACUCUUCGGGGCCAAAUCUUGACCCCAAUUUCUCUUUUCCCUACCCCUCCUCUGAUUUCGUUUCGUCCACUUCCCCCAUGAACGUCCCCUUCUCUACCUUUACAUCCAUGCAACGGGAUCUCGAUCCCGUUACCUUCCCCUUCGCUGAAUCUUCCGCUCCACCCGCAUUCUCCUGCUCCGCCCCCUCUACUACAACCUUCCCUCAACAACCCGUCUCUGCCCUGUCGCUGUCUCCCGCCGUGGAGAUGAAGCAUUCCAUGUCCACCGAGAGCAGUAGCUCAUCCUUUUCCCAACCGUCCAGAGCGGCUCGGAGGACUCAAGAACAGAUUGUGCAGGGUGCUCGACCCAUCGCUCCCAAGGUGGAGUCCAACAGCUCUCCACCGAAGGUGGCUGAGCAGCACACAAUGAUCCGCAUCUCAUCCUCCGACGGGACAGCCAAGGAGGUGGCUGCCAUUCCCAAGGCCUCGAUUCAGCGGCCCCCGCGUCCGAAGACGUAUUGCUCGAUGUGUAACGACCAGCCCGACGGCUUCCACGGGGAGCACGAGCUGCGACGGCACAUCGAGCGGGUGCACGCCGUGAUUCGCAAGGUUUGGGUUUGCGUUGACAUCUCCCCCGGCAAGACGUUCCUGGCCAACUGCAAGGCAUGCCGCAACGGGAAGCGAUACGGCGCGAAUUACAACGCCGCCGCUCACUUGCGUCGGACUCAUUUCAACCCUUGCCAGCGCGGCCGGGGUGGACGUGGGAAAGACAGUGAGAAGCGUGGCGGGAAGGGUGGUGGAAACCACCCGCCCAUGGAAGUCCUGAAGCACUGGAUGGUGCAGAAGGAGGAGAUUGUCCUUGAAAAUGCCCAAAAUUAUAUCGAGCAAGAUCCGAUCGGGGACGACCUGGCGGCAGCCCCGUCGUCGGUGCCCGCCGAGGAUGCGACGUUUCAGGGGUUGUCGUCAGCGCCGACCGACGAUGUGCCCCAGCACGGGUUGCAAUCGACCAUGACGACUGGGUAUGAUGCCUUUUCUGCUUUCCCCACGAUGGGCAUGGAUUCAUCUCUUGAUACUUCCUGCUAUUUGGAUGCUCAGCCUUUGGCUCCUGAGAUUGAUUCGUAUGUGUGAUCUAUAUAAUCCUUAGAAGUUUUUCGUUUCUCUUCUCUUUUCUUUUCGUUUUGGUCAUUGCCAGCUUCAUGUUGAUAUAUGGGAUUUGUAUUUUUUUUUUCUGGUUUUUCCUUCUCGUCAUUUCUUUUUGAACCCUUACAUAAUUUCUCCUCCUUGCUUCUCUUUUUCACGUGGGUUUAACUCGCAUUUUCUUUCCCUUUCUUUUCUUCUACUCUUUUGCUCUCUUCUAUUUCUUCCUCUUCUCUUGGUUGAUAUUUCUUCUUUUCUUUUUCUACCCUUCGAUUCUUGGUUCUCGAAAUCUUUGCCUUUUGCCGCGCGCAAAACUCACAGGGGCCAAAUCAGCCGACCUCUGCGCCGCCU